CGGCAAGACAGAGGAGGUGUGCUUUUGAUGCUUAUGUAUUAUUUUAUCCCAGCAUUCACGACCAUACAAUAAUGUGUACGUCACCGUUUUGCAGAAAAUAAUAGAUACACAUUGUGUUUACGGGAUAAAACACCAUGGCUACUACUGAAAAUACAGAAUCGGGGUCACCAGAAAACAAAGUGGAUCGCAGAGCUGGUGACUCAGAUGCGAGAUUCCCUCUCAGAGUGCUCUACUGUGGAGUAUGCUCCUUGCCAACAGAGUACUGCGAGUACAUGCCUGAGCCAGCCAAAUGUAGGCAGUGGCUGGAGAAGAACUUCCCAGAUGAGUUUGCCAAGAUGAGCCUAGGGAACGCACCAAAGCAGGACACUGGAGGUGGAUAUGUGCCCCCUGCUGGAGAGGAAGAGGAAAAAAAGAAGCAGAAGAGAGGUGGGAGGGGCCAGAUCAAACAAAAAAAGAAAACAGUUCCCCAGAAAGUAACAAUAGCCAAAAUCCCUCGCGCUAAGAAGAAAUAUGUGACUCGUGUAUGUGGCCUAAACACUUUUGACAUUGACCUUAGAGAAGCGCAGAGAUUCUUCGCCCAGAAAUUCUCGUGUGGCGCUUCGGUGACAGGAGAGGAUGAAAUCAUCAUUCAGGGAGAUUUUACAGAUGACAUCAUUGAUGUUAUCCAAGACAAGUGGCCUGAGGUGGAUGACGACAGCAUUGAUGAUCUUGGAGAAGUGAAGAAGUAAAGAGGGAACCUGCACUUUUACUAAGGAACACAACGUGACAGAAUGACCUGGCCAAAAAUCCACACAUGCAUUUGAAUCAUUUUAUAUCCAUUUUAUUUACUGUAUAGAAACUGUGGACUCAGCCAUUUUUUGGCAUUUUUUCCAGUUCUGUAUAGCUGCUUUUCUCUGACUUGCCAAAGGUCUCAUAUGAUUGUGAAUUCCUGCAAA